CUCCGGAAAUUGACACACACAACACACAACACACAACACACACUACUCAUGCCUCUCUUCACCUCCAAAUUCAACCUUUUCUUCUAAAUCCUACAAAUUUUCCCAAACAUUUUGUGGAAUAAAUAGAACCAUUCAUUCAUUUCAAGUUAUUGAAAUGGCUUCCACCGCUGUCACCCAUGUCCUGAACCCGGAUACGGAUACUUCCAUGACCACUCCGCUGCUCCGCCCGCGUCAGGCGGAGGCGAACCAUGGUCGACCCGGAACAGCUCCACUGGCUGUUCUACUCGGUCGGGUCACGGGUCGACGUGGAGCUUCCAUGCUGGUCCGGGAAACGGCAGCUCGGCAGCUGGAGGAGCGCCGCGCCGACUGGGGCUACUCGAAACCGGUGGUGGCGUUGGAUAUAAUGUGGAAUUUGGCGUUUGUGUUUGUUUCGAUAGUUAUGGUUUUAUGUACUGUGAAGGAGAGGGAGAAUGUGCCCAUUAGGGUUUGGAUAUGUGGAUAUGCUCUGCAGUGUUUGGUCCAUGUGGCGUUAGUUUGGAUUGAGUAUAGGCGGAGGAAUAGGAGGGGAAAUUGGGGGAACAGUAGGUGGAGAGGGUAUUCGGAGAAUGGUGGUGGAGGGGAUGGGGGAAAUGGGGAAAUUGAGGAGGAUGAGGAGGGAAAUGGUGGUGGAGCUUUGGGGCAAUCGAACCGGUCAACUUGCAUUAAACGAUGUGAAUCUGUAAACACAAUGGCAUCCUUUCUAUGGUGGAUAAUUGGCUUUUACUGGGUAGUCUCUGGUGGCGAAGUUCUUAUGCAGGGGGCCCCCCGUCUGUACUGGUUGGCGGUCGUAUUUCUGGCAUUUGAUGUGUUCUUUGCCAUCUUUUGUGUGGUUUUGGCAUGCCUGAUAGGACUUGCCCUGUGUUGCUGCUUGCCUUGCAUCAUAGCAAUUCUUUAUGCAGUUGCUGGGCAGGAAGGUGCAUCUGAUGCUGAUCUAAGUAUGCUUCCUAAGUACAGGUUUGAAAUAUCUAUGGAUGAGGAUAAGCCUAUUGGAUCUGGUAAAAUGGUCCCUAUUCAAUCGAGCGGUGGAUAUUUGGCUCUUGAACGUAAUCUUUUACCUGAGGAUGCAGAAUGCUGUAUCUGUCUUACUGCAUACGAUGAUGGGGCAGAUCUCCAAGCUCUUCCUUGCAACCAUCAUUUCCACGAACCUUGUAUAGUGAAAUGGCUUAAGAUGAAUGCAACAUGUCCUCUCUGCAAGUACAACAUUCUGAAGGGUACUGAGCAGGUUUAGAACGAGGCAGAAUAGACAAGUUGAUAUAGGUUCUUCUAUCUGCUGUCAGUCAGUGUUUAUAUGUACAGCGAUAUGAAGGCUGGAAGAAACAGCUUUCAAAUACCUUUUAGGAGAAUAAGAUGCAUCAUUUGUUUGUUGAGUUUCUGUCAUGUAUUCGGCCUCUUAGAUUUCUUUUGGCAAUUUGUGUUCCCUUCCAAUUGAGUUAUUUAAAGCUCAUUGGUAGUAGAUAUGAAUUAAGAAGUUUCCAGCCAUGUAAAUAUUCAGUCAAAGUUACUUUGCAGUUGAUGUUGUUUAAAGUUUCCUUGGUAGUAGGUAUGAAUUAAAAAGCUUCCAGCCUUGUAAAUAUUCAGUUAAAAGUUGCUACUCUGCAGUUGAUCCUUCAGAUACAAAGGUGGUUGGAGAUGCAUGUAGUAUGUAGUGGUUGACUCUGAUGCUGUGGGCUUUAGG